AUGAUACAGCAAACCGAUCUUGUCCAGGCAUUAACAUGUCUUGUCUGCGGUAAUGUGCUUAAAGACCCUAUCACACUCUCUUGCGGCUAUACCAUUUGCUCCCAUUGCUUUCCUGUCGUUAAUCCAACAGCAAUAAAGAAAUCAGUCUUUGUAUGUCCUAUUCCACAUUGCGAUGCAACUACUCAUCUUUUUGGUCCUGAACUACUGCAUGACGCAACCAUCAUACGACUCACUUAUAUCCUUCAACGCUCUAUUCCAUUCUCGGAUGCAAAUUCAAGUAACAAAUUAAAUGGCAAUGCUAUGAACUCGCUUAUACCCAUCUUAAACUGUUCGUCUUGUCAUCAAACGUAUGCUGACCCUACCACGACACCUUGUGGGCACACGUUUUGUAAACUAUGUCUUUUACGACACAAGAUUGAACGAAAUUCAUGUCUAUCUUGCUCGCGACCGCUUCCCAAGUAUACCAAUCUGAUGACGCAGACUCCAAACUAUGUGCUAUCCCAUAUCCUCAAGAACUUUCAAUUAGCCGGCUUUAUUCAUUAUGAUUAUCGCGAAACGAAGCAUCUUAAUAAACUUAGCCUGCAGGAACAUGAUAUACCACUGUUUGUCUCUGGAAAAAUCAUCUUUCCCGGCCAGCGAUGUCGAUUAUCCUUUUACCCAUCAUCUAUUACAAAUCUUAUUUUGUCUCUGACGUCCUCCAGUCGAUACAGCAAUCUCUGCUUAGUUUCGAUUCAUCGCAGCCAUCCGGAAGUGGCACAAUUUGGUACUAUCCUACAGGUUAUUAAUUUUGAACAAAGUGGCGAUACUGUUUUUCUGGAUGUUGAAGCUACAGACCGUUUUAAACUUGAACAUCAUAAAGAGGUUGACCAUUUAAUAGCCGAUUUGGAUAUCCUGCUCGAAUCGGAUACACAAAAGAUGCUUGAAUAUUACAAUAUGUCGUUUGAUCAGGAGGCGCUACAAACCAGAUUAAUUCAAUAUACCACGGAUCUAGCAAAGGCAAUACUUCAAUUUAUCAAACACAUUGGACGACCUUCAACCAUGUCGUCCCAAGUGCUUCAUGCUCAAACAGCUGGCUUGUUAGGGCCCCUUUGGCUGGAAAAUAUGCAAAAGAUACAUGGCCCAUUGCCCACAAGCGAUAAUCCUGCGGCUGUCUGCUGGUGGGCUGCUUCCGUUUUGCCUGUGCCCUCUAAUAGUUUCUAUACAUUAUUAAGGACCAUUUCACUUUUGGAUCGUUUAGAGCUUGUGAUAUCAUGGAUGAAAGAACUGGAAUCACAAUGGAAGCAAUGUCGCGAACAAGCUAUGCUAGCUAUGUUGCAAGUUCCUCAACAAGAGCAUUAA